AUGGGUGUUAAUAGGGAGGUGGUCCCUCCGUUUGCUGCCAAGUCCGAGGUCGGGGGGGUCACUGUGUCAGGGUCAGGAGGUCACCGUGGUCACUGUGCUAUAAAACACAGCAGUGUGAGGUCGGGGGGGUCACUGUGUCAGGGUCGGGGGGUCACUGUGUCAGGGUCAGGAGGUCACCGUGGUCACUGUGCUAUAAAACACAGCAGUGUGAGGUCGGGGGGUCACUGUGUCAGGGUCAGGAGGUCACUGUGUCAGGGUCAGGAGGUCACUGUGUCAGGGUCAGGAGGGCCAGGAGGGAAGGGCUUUCUCCUGCUGUCAGGGCAGUGGUUGGGAAGGGCUUUCUCCUGCUGUCAAGGCAGUGGUUGGGAAGGGCUUUCUGCUGCUGUCAGAUCAGUGGUUGGGAAGGGCUUUCUGCUGCUGUCAGAUCAGCGGUUGGGAAGGGCUUUCUCCUGCUGUCAGAUCAGUGGUUGGGAAGGGCUUUCUGCUGCUGUCAGAUCAGUGGUUGGGCAGGGCUUUCUGCUGCUGUCAGAUCAGUGGUUGGGAAGGGCUUUCUGCUGCUGUCAGAUCAGUGGUUGGGAAGGGCUUUCUGCUGCUGUCAGAUCAGUGGUUGGGAAGGGCUUUCUGCUGCUGUCAGAUCAGUGGUUGGGAAGGGCUUUCUGCUGCUGUCAGAUCAGUGGUUGUGAAGGGCUUUCUGCUGCUGUCAGAUCAGUGGUUGGGAAGGGCUUUUUGGUGCUGUCAGAUCAGUGGUUGGGAAGGGCUUUCCACUGCUGUCAGAUCAGUGGUUGGGAAGGGCUUUCCGCUGCUGUCAGAUCAGUGGUUGGAAAGGACUUUCUGCUGCUGUCAGAUCAGUGGUUGGGAAGGGCUUUCUGCUGCUGUCAGAUCAGUGGUUGGGAAGGGCUUUCUGCUGCUGUCAGAUCAGUGGUUGGGAAGGGCUUUCUGCUGCUGUCAGAUCAGUGGUUGGGAAGGGCUUUCUGCUGCUGUCAGAUCAGUGGUUGGGAAGGGCUUUCCGCUGCUGUCAGAUCAGUGGUUGGGAAGGGCUUUCUCCUGCUGUCAAGGCAGUGGUUGGGAAGGGCUUUCUGCUGCUGUCAGGGCAGCGGUUGGGAAGGGCUUUCUCCUGCUGUCAGAUCAGUGGUUGGGAAGGGCUUUCUGCUGCUGUCAGAUCAGUGGUUGGGCAGGGCUUUCUGCUGCUGUCAGAUCAGUGGUUGGGAAGGGCUUUCUGCUGCUGUCAGAUCAGUGGUUGGGAAGGGCUUUCUGCUGCUGUCAGAUCAGUGGUUGGGAAGGGCUUUCUGCUGCUGUCAGAUCAGUGGUUGGGAAGGGCUUUCUGCUGCUGUCAGAUCAGUGGUUGUGAAGGGCUUUCUGCUGCUGUCAGAUCAGUGGUUGGGAAGGGCUUUUUGGUGCUGUCAGAUCAGUGGUUGGGAAGGGCUUUCCACUGCUGUCAGAUCAGUGGUUGGGAAGGGCUUUCCGCUGCUGUCAUAUCAGUGGUUGGAAAGGGCUUUCUGCUGCUGUCAGAUCAGUGGUUGGGAAGGGCUUUCUGCUGCUGUCAGAUCAGUGGUUGGGAAGGGCUUUCCGCUGCUGUCAGAUCAGUGGUUGGGAAGGGCUUUCUGCUGCUGUCAGAUCAGCGGUUGGGAAGGGCUUUCCACUGCUGUCAGAUCAGUGGUUGGGAAGGGCUUUCUGCUGCUGUCAGAUCAGUGGUUGGGAAGGGCUUUCCGCUGCUGUCAGAUCAGUGGUUGGGAAGGGCUUUCUGCUGCUGUCAGAUCAGUGGUUGGGAAGGGCUUUCUGCUGCUGUCAGAUCAGUGGUUGGGAAGGGCUUUCUGCUGCUGUCAGAUCAGUGGUUGGGAAGGGCUUUCUGCUGCUGUCAGAUCAGUGGUUGGGAAGGGCUUUCUGCUGCUGUCAGAUCAGUGGUUGGGAAGGGCUUUCCGCUGCUGUCAGAUCAGUGGUUGGGAAGGGCUUUCUGCUGCUGUCAGAUCAGUGGUUGGGAAGGGCUUUCUGCUGCUGUCAGAUCAGUGGUUGGGAAGGGCUUUCCACUGCUGUCAGAUCAGUGGUUGGGAAGGGCUUUUUGGUGCUGUCAGAUCAGUGGUUGGGAAGGGCUUUCCGCUGCUGUCAGAUCAGUGGUUGGGAAGGGCUUUCUGCUGCUGUCAGAUCAGUGGUUGGGAAGGGCUUUCUGCUGCUGUCAGAUCAGUGGUUGGGAGGGCUUUCCGCUGCUGUUAGAUCAGUGGUUGGGAAGGGCUUUCCGCUGCUGUCAGAUCAGCGGUUGGGAAGGGCUUUCUGCUGCUGUCAGAUCAGUGGUUGGGAAGGGCUUUCCACUGCUGUCAGAAUAAAGGACAUCAGAGGGGCGAAGGGCAGGAGAGGUCAUGUCCUGGAAUACGACAACAUAAUAAUAUACAGAAGUAUAAUAGUAUUGAUGACAUUCCUCUCAGUUCCUCUGAGAAUAACCAAAGACACUAUUGAAGUGAGCAAACAUAUUGAGACAUUAUAACAUCCACACUGUCUGUUUCUAAAUCAUCAGAGGGGCCUUCUAGACCCAGGUCACCUAACUAACCCAGUGGUUCCUGGUCCUGGGGACCCAGAGGGGUCAACAUGUCUGACCUAACCCAGGUCACCUAACUAACCCAGUGGUUCCUGGUCCUGGGGACCCAGAGGGGUCAACAUGUCUGACCUAACCCAGGUCACCUAACUAACCCAGUGGUUGAAUAUGUGGACAACUACAAAUAUCUAGGUGUCUGGUUAGACUGUAAACUCUCCUUCCAGACUCAACAUUAAACAUCUCCAAUCCAAAAUUAAAUCUAGAAUCGGCUUACUAUUUCGUAACAAACAUGCUUCACUCACGCUGCCAAACAUACCCUCGUUAAACUGACCAUCCUACCGAUCCUCGACUUCGGAGAUGUCAUUUACAAAAUAGCCU